AUGCGUUCCACUUUAUUGCACAUCUACUGCGCAUGUCUUUCAGCAACACUUGUACUAGGCAAGAUUGACCGAGAGACGGUCGUGUCUCGUUUCAAUAUUGUCCGAACCAGCUUGAUAGACAAUGAGACAACUCCACUACAAGUGGGUAAUGGCAGAUUUGCAUUCAAUGUGGACAACACUGGUCUGCAGACAUUUUUGCCAUUCAACACUUUAUCCGCAUGGGCAUGGCACAACGAUUCACUCCCAGCCAACGGCGAAUUGCCUUCUGACUACAAGGGCCUGCCAAGGGAGACCUACGGUCGGGAAGUUUUCUACGAUCUCCCCGAUCCCAAGUUGAAACAGGCGACUCAGUGGCUCAUCGGCAACCCCAACCGCAUCAACCUUGGCCGCAUUGGUCUACGAUAUAAGGGCGCUACACUCAGCGGGACUGCGAUCACCAACUCAAGGCAAGAGCUCGACUUGUGGAACGGAGUCAUAACUUCGACAUUCGAAGUCGGUGGCAAAGCCAUCAAGGUCAUCACCCAGGGCGACUUCGAUUCAGAUGCUGUUGCAGUUCGCAUUGAGUCUGACCUCGUUGAAUCUGGCGAUCUCGAGGUCGAAUUGGACUUCCCUUAUCCACCGAUACACUCGACACAGUACAAGUACGAGGUCUUCGCGGGCGUAUAUGGUUUUCCGCUGAAUCACACAACCAUUCUUGUUGGAGACGGCACUGAUCGCACUUCUGCUCACAUCCAACAUUUGCUACAAGAAACAAGCUACUUCACAAAUCUAAGAUGGCCCAAGGAGACGCCCUUGAAGGUUUCCAGGAACGAGCCUGCCAACUCGACCGCCAUCACCGCUCAUCGAUACACCCUGAGCUCAGUCUCCGAUACCGCUUUCAUGGCCUUCACAGCCCAUUUCUCACCAGACUCACGCGUACCGACUUUCCCUGCUAAGAUCCAAGACAAAAGUGCUCGUGGAUGGAAUGACUACUGGAGGGACGGCGGGUUCGUGGAUCUGACUGCAUCCACGAACCCUAAUGCAACUGAGCUCCAGCGGCGAAUCAUCAAGUCCCAAUACCACGUGCGUGUCAAUAGCGCAGCCAACGGCCAGCCGCCGCAGGAGAGUGGACUGAUGAACAACGGGUGGUACGGCAAAUUCCAUAUGGAGAUGGUGAUCUGGCAUCUUGCUCAAUGGUCAACAUGGGGCAAACAGCAAUACUUCGAUCGUAUCUUUCCGGAGGUAUACGAGACACUUCUACCUUCGUCCACCGCCCGUGCGAAAUCAAUGGACUGGGAAGGUGCUCGAUGGCCCAAAAUGACGGAAUUAGAGACCGGUGUCAGUUCGCCCGGCGAUAUCAACGCGCUUUUAUUGUGGCAGCAGCCACAUCCUUUUUACCUGGCAAACCUGGCGUAUCAGGCUAAUCCUACACGCGCGACACUGCAACGUUGGGACAAGGUGCUCACUGCGACUGCGGACUACAUGGCGUCAUAUCCUAGCCUUAACAACACUACAGGCAGAUACGAUCUCGGACCUCCUGCAUAUGGUGUGACUGAGAAUACACCUCCGAACUCGACGCGGAAUUUAGCGUAUGAAGUUGCAUACUGGCGCUACGGGUUAGACGCCGCUAUCGACUGGAAGCGGAAACUGCACCAAGCCGUUCCGGAGAAGUGGAAGCACGUUGCUGAGAAUCUCGCACCACCUCCGAUCGUCGAUGGUCUGUAUGCUGUUUACGAAGGAUUGGAUAGCUCCUGGUGGAACGACACAAAGCUCACUGGUGAUCCGCGCAGCCUGAUCAUGCUUCAGGGCAUACUGCCAGACACGCCUGCAGUUGACCCAGAUGUGGCACUGCGCACUGCCGACAAGGUGUGGGACAUAUGGGGAGAUGCGCGCAUCCGCGGAUGGGGCCGUCCGGUACUCGCCAUUAACAGCGCAAGGAUCGGUAAUCCUGAGCGCGCGAUUUAUCACCUUACUGCUUACGACUACUGGAAGUUCGAUGACGCUGGAUUUGCUAUCAGAGGCGGCGACGGAGGCACGCCCCCACCGUUUAUGCCUGGCAACGCCGGCUUUCUCCUAGCUAUCGCGUACUGCGCAGCUGGUUGGCAGGGGUCAGAAAGCGACGCUCCCGGCUUUCCUAAAGACGGAAGUUGGGAUGUGAAACACGAGGGACUUCUCAAGGCGUUGUAG